UGCUGGUGGAAGAGUAUAACUUCUGUGUGCUUCUUGUUCCUGUGCCUUGUUGCACUGGCAGCUUCCUGUUUACAAGGUGUCUUGGUAACUGGACAUUUUUGGAGGAGAAAAAUGAAAAACAUCAUUGGCUCAUCAAUCAUGGAUGCAUAAAUGUCAUCUCAGUGUCCCCAUGUGAAAUAAAAAGUAACUUUCUGGCUUGACUUCAGGAGAUAAAGCCUCAAGUCUAUGCUGAGAUGCUGCACAGUGUGUUGUGGUGUUUGGGACGGUGGUUCUCCCAGAGAGAAGAGCUUCUUGCUGACCUCUCAGGGGUACCCAGAGGCAGUGAUCCUGAUGGACAGAGCAAUAAGGCGCAUAGAUCCAUGGAAGAUCGCAGUCAUUGUUGUGUCAGUGAUAGUAGGCUUAGCCCUCAUCAUUGGCUUGAUUACAUUUCUUUUGUGCCACGAUCAAGACAGAUAUUACAAUGCAUCUUUCCUCAUCACAAAUGUCGACUACAAUCCUCAGUACGAAAGGCAGACUACAGAUGAAUUCAGGAACCUAAGUGAAGAUAUUGAAACCAUGAUAUCUGAAGUAUUCAGGGGUUCCUUUCUAAGUAAAAGAUACAUCAGGUCCCAUGUGGUCAGUCUAAGCCCAGAUCGUGUUGGAGUGCUUGCAUCUGUUGUUCUGGUAUUUAAAUUUCCCUCUGCUGACAGUGAAGCAACGUCCUGGGGUCAAGUCAACCGUAUAUUGCUCAGAAGGCUGAAAGCAACCUCAACAUACCUGAAUGUUGACCAGUCUACCAUUAGACUCACAGAGCUGAACAAGGAAAAGGGAGAUAACCUUUUAAAUAACUGCUGUGGAAUACGAAGACAGACAUUUUCCUUCACAGGAGUGGAAAGAAUAACUGGUGGGCAGCGUGCACGGGAGGGAGAAUGGCCAUGGCAGGCCAGUAUUCAGCUCGAUGGGACCCAUCGCUGUGGUGCAUCGAUCAUCAGUAACACCUGGCUGCUGACUGCAGCCCAUUGCUUUAGAGGAGUAAGAGAUCCUUGGAGGUGGACUGCCAGCUUUGGAAUUCUACUGAGACCUCCAAAACAGAAAAAAUUUGUCCGGAGAAUUAUUGUUCACGAGAGAUAUGGUGACUUUCUCCUUGAUCAUGAAUAUGAUGUGGCUGUUGUGGAACUUGCCUCUGCUAUUGAGUUCACAAGUGACACGCACAGUGUCUGCCUUCCUGAAGCAUCUCACAUUUUCCCAGACAACACUUCCUGUUUUGUCACUGGCUGGGGAGCUUUGGAGAAUGACGGUUAUAGUGUUAAUCAACUUCGACAAGCAGAAGUGAGAAUUAUAAGUACUGAGGUUUGUAAUAGGAGACAAGUGUACGGUGGAGCGAUAACACCUGGAAUGUUGUGUGCUGGAUACUUGGAGGGGCAAGUGGAUGCUUGCCAGGGUGACUCUGGUGGGCCACUGGUGCAUGUGAAUUCCAGAGGAAUCUGGUAUCUUGUGGGAAUAGUGAGCUGGGGAGAUGAAUGUGGCAAGCCAAAUAAACCAGGAGUAUACACACGAGUGACUUACUAUCGAAACUGGAUUCACUCCAAAACAGGCAUCUGAAACCUGGAGCAAGUCAAGUUUUGUGGGCUGUGUACAGCUAUUCCUCUGACACAUCCUGUUCUGUGGUCACCCUCUAGGCAGCUGCUGGCUUAGCUUGUGGUCAUGUGUGAAAUACCUGUAAGCUUUGAACAGUCUAGGACUUAAAAUUGGUUUGACCUACAGCCAGACAGGAACGGACUUGAUCCAUGUGAUAUAUGUUUGUUCAGGACGUACUCUGUCAGAGGGACAACUGCCUUUGUCUAUAUGCAAUAUAUUGACCCUUUUUUCUCCAUGGCCACAUGUCUUGGCCUCAGCUUUUAGUGUUUGAGUCCAAACAAUUAUCUACCAGCAUCCAAGACAAGCUAUAACUGAAACCUGGCCCAUCCAUUUGCUGUGUGCUCACAAGGCCUUGUCUAUCCAUAGACAAGUUACUGUCCAGGCCCUGACUCCAAGGCUGCUGUACUUCUGAAUUCUUGAGCUUUCUCCUGCAUAAUUCCAGGGAGUGUAAUGAAGAAUGGAAGAUGUCUUAGGGAAGUCCUGGUUCCUAAUAUCACAUUGAACUGUUACUUAAGUGAAUAGAGAACUUUUCCUUGCCUGAAGAAGAAAUUAGUGGAAAACCCCAGCUUGUGUCCACCUUCUUUGAACAAGUGAACCUAUGCCCACUCGUUGCUUUAUGAAGAGUCUCUACCACAGCAUUUGCCAGGGGAGUGAUUGCUGGACUUAGGACCAAAAACCACUUUAUGGUCAUACCAGUCUGUUAUCAUAGGACAAUAUUUGGCUGAGUUAAUUUCCAUUUUUACCUUCCCAGACUGUAUUUUUCUGAAUAAAAGUCCUUUUCCUUUUGGGCGGGAUGGACAAGUGUAACAAUCUUAGUAUGACCAUCGUCAGAAAAAAACUUCUCAAACUUCUUAUUCUUGUGAAUGCUGUUCUCAAGUCUUUAGAGUUUUAUAUGUGCAUAUUUAGCCGUAUUCUGUAAGAAAAACUGAAAAAACCAAACAACUUUUUGCAUUACAGUGGAAAUACUAUUUCAGAGGAGGACAGAACUUCUGAUGGACACAGAAAUCUUAUGUACAUAUCUCUCUCUUCUCACAAGAAGUAAGAAUUGCCUGUGUUGCAUUGCCAGACUGUAGCUGACUCAUAUGAUCUCAGCCACACCAACCUCAUAUUCUCUCUGGCUUCAUUUUUUCAGGAACCCAUGUUUCUGUCAGCCAGGUAGAUAUCCAAUGCUUUCUAGAACCUAGCAGCAGAACACACCUGUUCUUAGUGGGGAUGCUCUCUUUGGUGUGUCUGCAAGUUUGUCAACACUUUAUGUGGAUCCUGAUCCAAACAACAGCAAGUGAUGUGGACUUAGUUGCUGGAUAAUGAGCCACUCAACUGCUCUCUUCUCCCUCUGUGGUCAGAAGAGAAAGAAUUCAGGAGAGGAGAUACUGUCCCCACUGCCAAGACUCGGAGCUGGUCCAGCAUGGCAAGCAAGCAAGAACCUUCUGCCAGGCUAGAAAAGGCAAACAGUAGGCUUUCAGUAUGCUCUUAGUUAGAAGGGCUGGGGGAAACAGGCCCUCAGUGGUUAUAGUCUCAAGAUCAGGGUGUUGUUCAAGUUGGGCACCAGUCAGGUGGCAAAGUCAAUGGCAGUUCAGGGAUCCCCUCUGGACUGUGCAGCUUGCUGCCAGUGCUGCUACACAGAGCAGUGAUCCUUCCAGAGCAGUGAUAACAGAAGUAUUUUGAUUACAUGUCCCGUGAUCUGUUUGUGAGCCCAGAGAACAGUGCUUUUCUAGAACCUCACUGGAGGUACAGGAAUAGUUGGAAGCCCACAGAAGUUCUGCAGCUGUUGUGUAUUCUAUACUUGUGUAUACCUGGCACUUGAUUUUUUUUUUGCCCCUCCAGGAACUUUUCUUGUGGAAUGUUGUGAGCUUCAGAAACAAACUUGGUAAUUUAAUUUCUACAUAGGUAAUAAACACUGUUAGGCUGGUUCCAUAGGUCUGAGCCCAACAAAUUUCAUUUCAGCAUCUUCAGAUGAACAUGUCUUUGACAUAUAUUGCUUGUUAGAGGAAGCUUAAAACUGAUAAAUGACAAAUAUAUGAUU